AUGAACCAGGCGCGCACGCUGCAGCUCUUGUCAGCCCUCGACGUCACAGUCAACGCCUCGGAAACAGGUGGCGUGCUAGGCGAACUCUCCGUGGAGACUCCCACGGGGUCCCUCAAGGUCGUGGCAUUGUCACCGGAGGCGGUGCUUGCCGCAGGCUCCGUUGACAUCCCUGCCGGUCCAGCCAAAGUACAGUUGCCUGCGGACGUGCUCAUGCAGGCGGCCGAGCUUGCUGCGCAGUCAGGAGCCGGGCAACGUGUUAAAACAAAAACACAAGGGGCUUCCACUGAACACUUCGACAGAAAGCAAGGUUGUCACUUGCCCAACCUUCCAGGCAUCUCCGGGCCCAUCCUGCUGAGCCUCACCAGCAUCUCAGAAGCCACGGCCAGCAAGCUCUCGGAUGCGCGUGUGGAGGGUGAGGUUACAGCACAGCUGCAGUCGCAACCUCUGAGCCUGAACCUGCGUGGAAGUGACGGUGCCGCGCUGAAACUGAGCCGGCUGAGAAAGGCGAUAGAACUGGUGCUCUCUGUCAGAGACGAUCAAAACGUUUCCUGUGCCUACUGGGACGAAGCAACGAGCCGUUGGUCCCUCCAAGGACUCACAGAGGUCUUGGAGACCAAAACAGUCAUCCUUUGCAAAGUGGCUUUUGAUCUUUAUUCGCUGAAAUGGAGAAUGCUGUAG